UGCCCGGUUAUGGUAUGAAUCAUAAUUUCUGGAAGAGGAGUGCAGUGGUGUGGUUUUUCGUUCAGUAGAAAGUGGAAAGUUUUGUCUUAAAGGAUAUAUUCGAAAAACCGGAACGAUCACAUUCCUGUUACCAAGUUCUGUUUGAGCACACCAGGUGUUUAUUUGGUUUGAUAAUAGCUCUACAGUCGAAGAUGGACCGUCGUGAGCAGCAAGUGCAGCAAAUUCCUCUACAGCGUCUGAAUACGCGCGAGGAAAAUCGAAGGCGCGCUGAGCUACGGUUGAUAUUCGAUAAGUACGAUACCAAUCGUAACGGUUAUAUAUGUGUUGGAGAACUCAAGCAUAUGAUAGAGGAAAAAAAAUGUCCAGAUAUAAAUCAAAACGUGGUGAAAGCUUUGCUCAAAACAUCGGAUGAAAAUAAUGAUGAUCAUUUAGAUUUUGAGGAAUUUUACAAACUCAGUAUACAACACCCAUACCUUUUUCGUGAUAUAUGCGUCAAGUACUGCCGGCUAGUCGUACCCAAUCGCAAUCCGAAUGCAGUAACUGGAGAUGAAAUAGAUGGCGAAUAUGAACAAAACAUGAAAUUGUGGCCUCCACCGUUAAUGAUGAUAGUUUUUUCUAUUAUGGAGAUAAUUUUCUUCGUCGUUGAUAUCUUCCAUACACAAGAUAAAAACGGCACGAGCACCAGUGGACCGAUGGCUACCUUAUUUAUUUACAACCCCAACCAAAGGGAGGAGGUUUGGCGAUUUCUAACCUACAUGUUUGUUCACAUUGGUAUAAUGCAUCUGGUUAUGAACCUUCUGAUCCAAAUAUUUUUGGGUAUCGCACUGGAAUUGGUACACUGUUGGUGGCGUGUGGCAUUAGUUUACCUGGCAGGAGUUAUCGCUGGUUCAAUGGGUACUUCCAUAUUUACUCCGCGGGUUUUUCUUGCUGGAGCAUCCGGAGGUGUCUAUGCACUUAUCACAGCCCACAUCGCGACUAUCAUUAUGAACUGGAAGCAAAUGGAGUUUGCAAUCGUGCAACUGUUUCUUUUUCUAAUCUUUUGCGCAACCGACCUAGGAGUUUCGAUUUACAACAGCAUCAACGAUCCAUUGGACAAAGUUGGCUAUGUAGCACAUGCCAGUGGUGCAUUGGCCGGAUUUCUCGUCGGCAUCGGUGUGCUGCGUAACCUGAAGGUAGUGCCUUGGGAGCGUAAGCUGUGGUGGUGUGCUGUGACGGUGUACUUUAUGCUGAUGGUCGCUGGCAUAAUGUACCAUUUCUUGAAUCCUGCACAUUUCUAUUAAGGAAAUAUCGGACCACAACGUAUUUCUACCGAUAUUAAAUAUCGGUGUCUCCAUCGUGGGGCUUCCUAUGGACUUUCGUAUUACGAAAAAUUUACAUAUAUUUUCAAAAUUCCACAAUUUUACAAAAUUACAAAAAGUGUCUUUCAUUCGCCGUUGUUUUGAAGCCAAAUGUUUUAUAAUAUUCUUAUUUAAAUGAAACAUGAUCGUGCCUUUUCAUCUUACGAACAUUUUUUACAAGUUCAAUUUUUAAACAUUGUUAUAACCAUAAUCGAUCGCACAAACGAUGUACCCAUUUGCAAACACAAAGCAAUGUUUUAUUUUUAACUUUUUCGUACUUAUACAUUGUUAAAAAAGAAAAAUUAUAGAAAUGUAUACAGAAUAAAUUUUACAGUUAUUACUUCA